AUGGGUGCCAACGUUUCUGUCGAGGAGUGCAGGACGGACUUCAACAUCAGUGUCAACUGCACGUUGCUCGGCCCAUUCAACGAGACCACAGAGGAAUGGACAAUGCUGCCACCUUACACAUCGAUUGGAGGCAUCGAGCGAGGCAAUGUGCCUGGCGAUGCUGAUGUUGCAGGCCAGCUGAUUUUGAUCACGUUCAUAAGUGUAACAUCAGCCGCAAUAUUUUUCAGCUUGGCGUUGCUUGCAAUGGGCUUCGCAAAGGUCUGGUCCAAAGACAAAGCGCGAACAAAAGAGCAGAAGGAAGCAGGAGGGCCCACAAUCAGCUGGUCUGAGGUAUUCGAGACCUUCGUACUAUGCUGCAGUGAUCAGCAGAUCUUCACCGGCGCGGCGUACGGUAUAACAAUGCGAUACUAUCGACGCUGCGUGGUCUCCGCAUAUCACUACAACAUGAUCUCGGCAAUGCUGCUGAUCUCGUGUGCCACUCAUAUCCUUGCCGUCGGGGCCGUUCGCCAGUACUGGAGACAUACGGUGCUAUCAUUCGUCCGAGUUGCUUGCGUUGGCCUGUUCAUCCUCAUGACCACCAUGUUCAUGAUGAACCAGAACGCACGCGGUGCCCUCAAAUUCCCCACCACGUUGUCGCAUAUCGAUGGGCAAGAUAGCCUAUUGUUUCUCCCAGCAGCAUGUUUCCAGAGUACAGAUAGCGCUGUUCUCGGGACGCUCCAGGCUAGUACUGCGAGUGUGAACGCGUUCUUCACGACGCUCAAGGACUCUACACCUGGCUGGAACAGAAUCCAAGGGUGGACAGCCUUCGUGUGCAUUAUGCUCUACUAUGGGCUUGCGUUGAUUACAGUGUUCGGGAGGCUCAUCAUUUACUGCUGCGCCAGAUGUUGCACUGGCACAGGUCGAGCAAUGCGUCAAAAAACAGACUCCUUGGCCGACCGCCCGGGCGGCACGGGCAUGGCAAUCCGGGUCAUCCGACACUACUAUUACUGUGUCUUCCUCGCGCUUGGCUUUGCCAUCGCAGUAUACACCACAGCAACGACGGUACGCUAUUUCUAUGAACUUCGAACGUGGGCACACAAUUCAGGGUGGAUGCAAACUCCCAACCCAGAGAACGAGACCACCACAUUUGGUCAGCUUGUCCCAGCACUCUCCUGUGCAUACAUUCUUUUCGGCCUGGCGCAGGUCAUCAGCGAGAGAAAGGUGGGCAUUGACGAGAGGAGGAAGCUGCAAAGGCGUUACAGCAGCGCCGAUUACAUCAGCCAAUAUGGACUCUCAUCAGGAAAGCUCAUCCCGGCGGAUUUCUAUUCCAACUCCAUCGACGCCAGCAGCCCGGCGGCCAAAUCGAGAGACGGAGGCUACUUCCCACUCAUGGCUGUCACGCCUGACGGGGGGAGCACGACAUCAAAGUGGCCGAGCCACCCGCCAGUCACGCCGCAAACGAGCUCCUACUCGCUUCGGGAACCCUACGAAUUUAGUCCAAUGAACAUACCAUCCCCGCCUGCGGAUUCAGCGCGACGCUCCGUAUCAUAUGCGACCAAUAUACGGGACUCGACAAGCGCGUCGACCUUGGUCGGCAGUGACUUCACCGGCCAGUUUCGUGCCGGGACGCCUGCGGCGGUGCGAGUCGUCGUUGGAGUCGAGUUGCCCAAGAAUGGCACCAGUCAAGCGGAUAGUGGGCACGAGUCGCCUUUCGUCCGUAUUUCCUCGGGAUCUAGCAGCACUGUGAUAGAUGGAGGCCGGCGGGUUUCUGAUUCUCCUAGUCCGGUUGUUUCAUGA